GCUGGUUCGCCUUCUGUCUGUCAUGCUCGACCCGCCCGCGCUGCUGCAUUGCUCGCUAUUAAGCCCGCAUCGGACCGAGGCGUUGGACCAGACACCGGCCACCAGACGCCCCUCGCUCGACCGCGGGAGCAAGAAGGAAGCAAGGGGGAAUGAGGUAGUCGUGCUUCGAUCACAUCACCCUCCACCUCAGCACAUCAUCGCGCAACCGCACAGCGCAGCAGCAGAGCAUCGCAGAAGUGCACCGCGAACCUUUGGGCUUCUCGGCUCGCAAGACUUGAUUUUGACCCACCCUCUUGAACGCCCGCUGCUGCUGCGAUUGAGCUCGAGUUCUCGAUCUCCCUCGCUUCUUUCUUCAUUUCCUGUCCUCUUCCCUCGUCUUCGUCAGAACAGCACCGACUUCGUACAUGUGGGUCUGAUUGAUGAGACGCUGUGUUCGCCUAGGGCGAGUUCGUCCGCACUCGGCAGCAAGAACGUGCCCGGAGUGCCGAGAGCGCUCGAAAUCGGCCUGUCCAAUUUUUUUGUGUGACUGCUGUCGUCUUCUGGGAAGCGUCGGGUCUUUUUGCCUGCCUCUUAUUGGACUUCAGUUGCACUGGAGCCAGCAGUCUGAGACGGAAUUACUUGCGGACGAGUGAGUUCUGGCUAGUGCAGGCAGGGGUCGGAUUCAUUCUGGGCGACGAAGGUUUGGGCCGGAAUUCGCUGCGGUCUUUUGAUUUGUCGAGCAUUCGAAGGAUUGUCCUUGUAUCAGUGUGGAACGGGCUAGUCUCGGCUUCUUCAUCGUCACGUCUCAGCCAUUUCAUACUCCUGGACUUCUUUGGCCUGCAUCGAAAACCUUCAAUGUGGUGAGCAUUGGGCCUCAGUAGACAUUGAGUCCAAGCUCAUUGGCGGAAGAGGAGCGAAGGCCUGGAUCGUGGAUUCGACUGGUGAAGGAUGGCUUGUGAGGCGCUGCAAAGUGGAUUGAGUCUCGGCAGUUUGGAAGCAAGACGAGUUCACUGCUCUUUAAACUCGGCACAGCGCAGUCCUGGUGAUGCAACCACUUCUGUCGCACUUCCGUCGAGGUUCCUCGGAGCGAAAUUGUCGUCAUUGGGUCACAAGCGUUGCUCUUUCAGUGCGUCAUCACCUGCGAUUGGACGGCUGGAGACAAUGAAAGUUGAGUGUAGGACAGCCGAGCCAGACCACGACCUGUCGUCAAGCGACGAAUACUGGUCAAGAAUUGCAGCACAGUACCAACAGCCGAUGUUCGACGUUUGUGAUCAUGUCACCAUACCUGACAGGAUAACGACUGCGACCAGCGAACGAUCAAGAUCGAGGGCCACCUUGAUGGUGCCCGUUCACGAGGAAAAUCAGAUUGACUGGCGCAGUUUCAGGGCGAAAUUGUGCUCGACUGAGGCUAUGGAUCAAGCCUGUGCAAGGGACUCUAGUGAUGAUGGGCAACUUGCGGACUCCAAGCAGUGGGCUCAUCGACUCUCCACACCGGAAGUGGGAUGUGUCCUGAUUGCAACGGACAAACUGAAUCAUCACGGAUUUUUGCGAGGAGCUGUGAUAUUGCUUGUAGGAUUGUCCCAAAAUCACUGCCAGGGGAUUAUUCUCAACAAGAAGAUGCCUUUUUCUGCUCACAGUCGGCAAGGAGCCGAUCAACGAGUUCUUCUAGGCUUAUCUGGAUGUCCCAAGUAUGUUGGCGGUCCUGUGUUGUCGACGCCAAAAAUCAGUGUCCUCAGCGAGAAAACAGACAUUCGGGGAUUCAGAACUUUGAUGCCAGGCUUGGCUGUGGGUGGAGAUGCGGCACUCCCAACUCUUGUGAGCGCGGUCGGCAGUGGUGAGAUCCCAAGGGAUGAGGUUAACGUGUAUGUGGGCGAGGUCGAAUGGGAAUCCAGACUCCUGAUGGCAGAAAUUGGUGUGUUUGAGUGGUGGGACGUCGCUGCUUGUAGCAGUGACACGCUUCUCCAGAGCUCACCAGGUCACCUAAGGGAAAAUUUACGAUCUCUACUCUCGUCGUGAGGUCCCGGCUGCCGCGAAUCCGGAUCCACAGGCACACGGCUGUCGACAGGUUGCAGCCAUGCUCACCUGUACCCUGCAUGGCGUCUGCCGCUAGGGUGUACAUAAUAUUCUCGCUAGAACCAAACUUGGACGCGGCCCACGUCGGAGACACUCCGAUCAAUUGUACAGCCAUGUUUACUUCGUUACCUUUUUCAAUUGGAUCUCGAGUCAUUCUGGAGACGGAGCUGAUCAAGACCUGUACCUCGUACUUCCCUUUUUGUCGUAGGGUCUCAGUUUUAGAACUUUCUGUGAACCUAUUCAUGUGGAUAAAGAUGUCAAUAUGUCAGUAGGGAGGAAGGUCUGUACAUGCAUCAGUACAGAUGAAACCGUUCUUGUUAAUAUGCCUAUCCAUUUUUCUCUCAAGGAAUGCGGCCGGCUUAGGAUCUUAGCUUCUCAUGUAAAGAGUCAUAACUGUUGCACGGAAUCGAGCGCAGCGAACAUUUACGAUUACAUGUGUUCGGAAGAGUACUUAUAGGAUUGACAGUAGUAGCUUGGGCGUUCUCCUAACCUUCGGGGUGGUCCACAGGAAACGGGUUUCUUCCUAGUAAGAUUUGUGAGCCCGUACAUGGCCCUGGGUUCGCAAUUCCAGCAGCAGAGGGAUAUGUCCUCUAGCCAUCGAUUGCGAACUCAGGAAAUACAAUUCUGGGAAGAAAUGCAACGCACCUCCUGUGGACGCGAACGAAGAACCGUGGAUUGUCUCCAGGUUCUCGAAGAGUGUAUAUUUCUUGUACUUCCGAUAGUGAUACAUACAUUAC